CAUGUUGCUAUCACAAUAGUAUUUUCAAUUAGCGAAAAAAUAAAUAAAAAUAAAUGCAUUUAAAGUUUCAAUGAUUUAAUAAAAAAUAAUAUAUAACAGUUUCAUAAAUCACACAUCAAAUUAAGUCUCGCACAUCAAUGUUAAAUCAAAUUCAUGAACGUGAAAGAAGUAAUCGUGUGAAAUUUAUGGACGAGCAUAUGGAAAAUUACGAUUUAGAAAACACGGCGCUGCAUCGCAAGCUGCAAAGUAAAAAUGAGGCAUUAAAAAUAAUGCGAACAGAAGUUGAACGAUUUCGUACAGAACGAGAUCAAUUUAAACUUAUGGCUGAAACAAUUCAAAUGCGUUAUUCUGCAAUGAAGAAUAGUCUCGAGAAGUCGGAACAUAAUGAUACAUUUGGGAGUUCCAGUUCAACUUUAGGUUUUCUACUCAAUCAGACAAGAGAGAAAAAUAUUUCAUUACAAACGGAAGCAGAGACAUUGCGACAGAAGUUGUAUGAGUUGCAAGGAGACAUUAAGCUCCUUAGAAGUAAGAAUGUCGACAUGUCAAAAUUGUUAAAAACUAAAGAAAUCAAGAACAAGGAACACACUAAUGAUGAAAUGCAAAAACUAUGGAAUGAUGAGAAAGGAAAGCUAAUUGACCAAUUAGAAACAUUAAAGAAGAAAAAUGCUCAACUUCAAUUUGAUUUUCGUUCAUUGCUUGAUGAGAAAGAGGAAAUUGUUACUGAACGAGAUGCCUUUAAAUGCAAAGCUCACCGCUUAAACCAUGAAUUAAGUGCUAUUUUAAAAGGAAAUGAGACUAUUGAUAUUGAUGCUCUAAUUUUAGAAAAUAAAUUUCUUGAGGAAAAGACAACAAAUUUAGAGAGUGAGGUGAAAUAUUUAAAGAAAGGACAUGAUAAACAACAGCAUCUUCUGGAACAAAAACGUGUGAAAGGAAUUAUUAAGUUAGGUGAUGAUCGCAAUAAUCAAAUGAUUAUGUCACAUAAACAAGUUAAAAAGCUAUUAAACGACGGAACUGUAUCAGAGCUUCCACUUAAAGCAGCAACAAUAACUGACUUAAAAGCACUGUGCUUAGCAUUAUUAGAUAAUUUAAACGAUAAAACAACAGCGUUGGGGCAUCAAAAGAAAACUAAUCGAUUAUUAGCAGCAAAAUUAGCUUCAUUAGAACAGAAAAUAGCAGUUUUAUCAGGUGAAACUAAGCCUGACUCACUCUUGUCUCCAUCUCAGUUUCUAUUAAAUGGCUAUACUUCAGCACGAGUUGAUGAAGAAUUGAGACUAAUUAAGGAUGAAAAUUAUCAUAAAAUUAACGGAAUUGUCGGAGAAUCAUCGGAAUCAAAUCGAAGUAUGAUGUCUUCGGAAUUUGAAACUCAAUCCACGAGCGAUAUUUCAACUGAAUUCAAGCAUUUAAACUAUAUCAAAAUAUUGAACGAGGAAGAAAUUAAUGAGGAUAUUGAAAAGGAAAUCGAAGACUGUCAGAGUCAAACAAAAUUAGACGAACCAACAGAACUUGCAGAUCUUCCACCAGACAUUCAAAAACUAGUCGAUGAAGCGAUGAGAAAUAUAGAAAUCAAUGAAAAUAAUAAUCAAUAAUCAUAUCGUUGUUAAGAGAAAUAAAAAUAUAUAUACGAG